AUGAGCAGAAAUUACGAGAACCCAACCAAGAGCCAAAAUGGCUCAGAUUAUUAUUCUCAUCUUCAAAGGAUUGCAAGAUCCCCUAGUGUUCUCACUGAAGUCCCUCACUAUGGCCAGACCCUUUUCAACAACCAGGCCAGUGUAAGAGAGGACCAUGGCGGUUACCAGAAAAAUGAGCGCAAGCCUGAGGUCAAGUCAGUUGAGGAAACCAUCGAUGUUCAAGCUGACGGCUUCAUCAAGGGCAACCACAAGGGAUUUGAAUUGUGCAAGUGGAAGACCUACAAAGGGCGUUAA